AUGAGGCGUGCGCCGGCGGCCGAGCGCCUUUCAGAGCAGGGUUAUCCCCCGCGCUGCGGGCGCCAGGAGCCGCCUUUUCCGCUGGGUGUCACUCGGGGGUGGGGGAGAUGGCCCAUUCAAAAGCGCCGCGAGGGGGCCCGGCCAGUGCCCUUCAGUGAGCGCUCGGAAGAGGACUGCAGAGGCCCGGCGGCUCGCAGCUCCGGGACCUUGUGGCGCAUCAGGACGCGGCUGCCCCUCUGUCGGGACCCCGAGCCGCCGCCUCCACCGCCGCUCUGCCUCCUGCGUGUCAGCCUCUUCUGCGCGCUUCGGCCGGGUGGCCGCGGCAGGCGCUGCGGCGAGGACGGCGCGCGACUGCUGCUGCUGCCUCCGGCCCGGGCGGCUGGAAGCGGAGAGGCCGAGCCGAGCGGCGGCCCCCCUUAUGCCAGGAGGAUGCUGGAAAGCAGCGGCUGCAAGGCGGUGAAGGAGGGCGUGCUGGAGAAGCGCAGCGACGGGUUGCUGCAGCUCUGGAAGAAGAAGUGCUGCAUCCUCACUGAAGAGGGACUGCUGCUCAUCCCGCCCAAGCAGCUGCAACACCAGCAACAGCCCGGACAGGGGCAGGGGCCGGCCGAGCCGUCCCAACCCGGCGGCCCCGCUGUCGCCGGCCUCGAGCCGCCGGUCAAGCUCAAGGAAUUGCACUUUUCCAACAUGAAGACAGUGGACUGUGUGGAGCGCAAGGGGAAGUACAUGUACUUCACUGUGGUGAUGGCCGAGGGCAAGGAGAUCGACUUUCGGUGCCCGCAGGACCAGGGCUGGAACGCCGAGAUCACACUGCAGAUGGUGCAGUACAAGAACCGCCAGGCCAUCCUGGCGGUCAAGUCCACGCGGCAGAAGCAGCAGCACCUGGUUCAGCAGCAGACCCCGCAGCCGCAGCUCCAGCCUCAACCCCAACCGCAGCCCCAGCUCCAGCCCCAAUCCAAGCCCCAGUCCCAGCCCCAGCAGCUCCACCCGUAUCCGCAUCCGCACCCACACUCGCACCCACACCCGCACCCACACCCACAACCUCACCCACAGCCGCACCCGCACCAGCAGCCGCACUCGCAAUCGCACGGUCAGCGGCUUCUUCGCAGCACCUCCAACUCUGCCUGA